CUCCAGAGACAAUGCCUUACUACGACUACGUCGACGACAAGCGAACCUUCCAACGCGGCAUCUUCUCAUUAUUUGCAGUGGUUCUUGCAGGCCUCUGUUUCGCCAAUCCCGGUGCAAUGGCCUCGCAAUCGCAGAAGCCUGUCCGAGUCGGAUUCGUCGAGCAGCAGCAGCGGCAGCCAGAGCAGCCUAGACGAACCCCUUCCCUCGAGAAGAACUCACUAUCGCACUUCUUCGAGGGAUGGCAUGAGGGCUCGUUAUCCCUACCCUCCGGAUCAGGACUACGCCCUCCACACGCACCAUCACCACAGCCAUCACCAAAGACACAACUCUCCUCAGUCAACCCUUUCGAGAUCAGAAGACCCCUUCGCUUGGGAGAACACUCUCAAGGGGCUUUGAAACUCCCUAAUACUGCGCUCGCUAACGACGGCUUCUUUGCUCUGUCCAAACAUGACAAUCAGGAUGACUAUGCAUUAACUGGAACUCCAACUAUCGAACUACACCCUGCACAACAUAAACUAUCAUCGUCAACUGCCGCUGCUGUACCUACCCCGACAUCCUUCUCGAGCGACAAAUGGUCGUCAUCGGAGGCCAGCAGCUUUGCUCACGUCCUCCAGAGGGAGCGUAUCACCAAAAAGAACUUCAAAAAAGUCAUGGUAGCUCCUCCACACCUCUCACUUGCAACUACGCAUCGUCCAGCCCCACCUCGCACCAUCGUAUCUUCACCUGCUAUCGUUAUGCAGUCAGCUCCACCCAGUCCUGGCUUUCAACCUCCACUCAAAUCCAUGACCUUCUCUGAAACAUUGAACAAAUCCAGCGACAUGUCUUCGAGUCGUCAAGGCGCAGCUCCUCCACACAUCUCCUUCUAUAAUUCCAAGCUCAAAGCCCGCCGUGCAAAGGCUUCUAUGGCACCGGGACAUUCCAUCGGUACCGCAAUCCACAAGACUUCCACCAGCAGUUCUUCCAAAGGUCAUCAUCGAAGCGGAGCAUCUCAAGGACCCAAACCACGCAUCGCCACACAACCAAAAUCAAGCGAUUCUAUUGCCACACGAGGUACACACUCAAGACCUCGUCACCCGGGUAAUCCAGUUUCGUUUGUCAGUACGGUUGGCUCAACUGCGGAAUCCGUCAACCAGGGACAAGAAGAAACGAUAGCACCUCCGGCACUUGAAGAUGCACCGAAGCAGGGAUUUUUGCGAGUAUUGACUGUGCACAGUAUUGUGCCAGCUCCAAUCAGAAGGGAAGCGACCAAGAUACUGCGACCCGAAAGUUCGUAUCGACGUCAAUCGAUACAGCCCUCUAUCAUGUCAAGAUCACCCUCACCUGGACCGCGUUGCUUCGGCCUAUUUGGUAUUCGCUCUUGUCGAAGAAGAAACACACAUGUGUCUGUCCAAACCGUGAGCACAGUCAAAGGCAGUGCUUUGAGGCGCAAGGACUCGUAUGUUGGUGCGGAUGGACGAGAAUACACACACCGACCAGUACCCGGACUGAGCUUUCUACCAUCUGAGAUGCAGAGAGUCAAUACACCGCCAAUGGGCAGGGGAACGCAGAGUCCAAAUUCAAGGUCACGAGGAUUCUUUUUCGAUUACACCAGCCCUCCAGGCGUAGGCGAUGAAGCAGAAACACGACGCGAUUCGGUCGCAGGAUCGACAGAACUCAGACGAAAGCCGAGCUCUCCG